ACUUUCAUUGUGUCCGGUAUAUAUAGAGUGAAUUCUCUUGAAUUCAAUUCAAUUCAUUCAUUUAUUGAUCAUCUUCUCCCUUCUUUUCCUUUCUAAUGAACAAAAGGAAUGUGUAGACACAUAUAACACCACAUCUAUAUCUAUACUAUCUACAUAUACCACCCCCUCCACCCCCUCUUGUUCUUUGUGUUGUAUCUAUAUUGUAAGUUUCAUUUAACGUUAGAUUCAAUCUCAAAAAAGUGGAUAAGAAGUAUCUCUUAAUUAGCUCCACUUCUUUAGGGGGCUUAUCACACUCCUAUUUCUUCUGGAUAAUACUUUGUGACUUAGUCUUUCUUAAGUGUUUUUAGCUCUCAAACUCCCUUGACCAAUGAGUUUCCUCAAUUUUAGCUCUUUACCUUAUCUGCCACAAUUCUUGAAAUAGAUAAAAACAGUUGAGAUAUAGUUAAUUACUCAUUCAAAAUCCAUCACCUCUUUUAAUUUCUAAUUUUUUUUUUUCAUUCAGUUAAUUAACUACUAUUGUCCUUCCCCUUAGUGUUUGAUGGAUUACUUGAAAGAAAUACAAGGUAAAACAUCUCAUGAUCCUUAUUUCAACAACAAGAAGAAGAUGAUGAACAAGAAGAGAUGUGUAUUCGUUAACGGACCAGUAAUCGUUGGAGCAGGUCCAUCAGGUUUAGCAGCUGCAGCAUGUUUAACAGAAAAAGGUGUUCCAAGUUUAAUAUUAGAGAGAUCUAAUUGUAUAGCUUCUUUAUGGCAACUCAAGACUUAUGAUCGUCUUAGCCUUCAUUUACCUAAACAAUUUUGUGAACUACCACUCAUGUCAUUCCCUCAUGAUUUCCCUACUUACCCUACAAAGCAACAAUUCAUUAAGUAUUUAGAGUUAUAUGCCAUGACUUUUGAUAUCCGUCCUCUUUUCAAUCAAACCGUCGUAUGUGCUAAUUAUGACCGAAAUCUCGGGCUAUGGAGAGUGAGAACAACAACAACAACAUCUGCAACAAUGAUGAUGAUGACUACAGAGUAUGUUACUCGAUGGUUGAUCGUUGCAACGGGGGAGAAUGCAGAGGCAGUGGUACCAGGAAUUGAAGGAAUGGAAGAAUUUGGUGGAAGUAUAAUGCAUACAAGCUUGUAUAAAAGUGGUGAAAUAUUUAGAGGGAAAAAAGUAUUGGUAGUUGGAUGUGGAAAUUCAGGAAUGGAGGUGUGUUUGGAUUUGUGUAAUCAUGAUGCAAGCCCUUCACUUGUGGUUAGAGAUACUGUGCACGUCCUACCACGAGAGAUGCUGGGAAAAUCAACUUUUGGUCUAUCCAUGUGGUUACUAAAGUGGUUGCCCAUGCGACUUGUCGAUCGAUUUUUGUUGAUUACUUCUCGAUUAUUGCUCGGUGACACGGCUCGAUUCGGCUUAGAUCGACCUGAAAUCGGACCCCUAGAGCUCAAAAAUUUGUCCGGGAAAACCCCCGUGCUCGAUGUUGGAACGCUUGCUAAAAUCAAAAGUGGUGACAUUAAGGUAUGUCCUGGAAUUAAGAGAUUAUUAAAGCAUCACACGGUGGAAUUUGUAAAUGGACAAACGGAAGAAUAUGAUGCAAUAAUCUUGGCAACUGGUUACAAAAGCAAUGUGCCCUCGUGGCUAAAGGAAAGAGAGAUGUUUUCAGAGAAAGAUGGUCUACCAAAAAGGCCAUUUCCCAAUGGGUGGAAAGGAGAGUGUGGGCUUUAUGCAGUGGGGUUCACCAAACGUGGCUUGCUUGGUGCUUCAAUGGAUGCAAAGAAAAUUGCUGAACACAUUCAUCAAUUUUUUCAAUGAAAUAUUUUGAUGGUACCAUUAACCAACCUCCCCCCAACACAUAAAAAAAAAAGUUGAAAAAAAGUGUUGGUACCAAAAAGAAGUUUUGAUCCUACAAAUGAAGAAACAAAAAGGGGUGAAAAAGAAAAAGAAGAUCAAGAUUUUUGUGGGGGAUUCAUCAUCAUCAUCAAAAUCUAGCUAAUGUAUACACACCUUGUACAUUUGUUUUUGCCAAUUUUCCCUUAUCAUUAUUAUUAUUAGGUAUGACAUUCUUAGGGGAAAAAAAAGGAGAGUUAGGCUUUUUUGUCUUUUAAUGAGUUUGGUUAUAUGAGUGUUAGAUUAUUACUAAUAUUCAUAUGGGGUUUUUUUGGUUUAUGACA